AUGGCUGGUGGAAUCAUGGCAGCCCCGGAGAAAGGGAAGGAUUAUCCGGGAAAAUUCACAUGGAAAGUCUUCUACACUUGCUUCAUUGCAGCAUCAGGUGGUUUGAUUUUUGGCUACGAUUUGGGUAUUUCAGGUGGAGUGACGUCAAUGGAUUCAUUUUUGUCGAAGUUUUUUCCUGCUGUGUACGAGAAACAAAUUUCGACAGAUCCUUCAAACAAUCAGUACUGCAAAUUUGACAGUCAAACAUUGACUCUUUUUACGUCGUCCCUUUAUUUGGCUGCUUUAUUUUCAUCGUUGGUGGCAGCCAGCGUUAGCCGGGCUUUUGGGAGGCGGAUUACGAUGCUUAUGGGCGGAUUUCUGUUCCUCGCCGGAGCUCUUCUCAAUGGGUUUGCUGAAGCCAUUUGGAUGCUCAUCGUCGGCCGUUUGUUACUUGGCUUCGGCAUCGGUUGUGCUAAUCAGUCGGUGCCAAUUUACCUUUCAGAAAUGGCCCCAUACAAGUACAGAGGAUCUCUAAACAAUCUAUUCCAACUCAUGAUCACCCUUGGCAUUCUAAUUGCCAACGUUCUUAACUAUGAAUUCGCCAUGAUCCCUGGCGGUUGGGGCUGGCGGCUGAGCCUUGGCGGAGCUGUAGUCCCUGCCCUAAUCAUCAUAAUUGGCUCCUUCACCCUGACCGACACCCCGAGCUCUUUGAUCGAGCGGGACCGCCUUGAUGAGGCCAAGCAACUGUUGAAGAAGGUUCGGGGGGUUGAUAACGUGGAAGCCGAGCUAGCCGACUUGGUUGCAGCUCGGGAGGCAUCAAAGGGAGUGAGUAACCAAUGGGGAGCUUUGUUUCAAAGGAAGUAUAGGCCACAAUUAACAAUGGCCAUUGCUAUUCCCUUUUUUCAGCAGCUAACUGGGAUCAAUGUCAUAACCUUUUAUGCACCUGUUUUGUUCAAAACUCUUGGAUUUGGAAACUCAGCUUCUUUAAUGUCUGCCAUGAUUACUGGAGGUGUUAAUUGUGUCUCUACAAUUGCCGCCAUUUUGCUUGUUGAUAGGUUUGGAAGAAGGGUUCUCUUCCUUGAGGGUGGUUCUCAAAUGUUAUUAUCUCAGAUUGUGGUUACAAUUAUGAUUGCGUACAAAUUUGGUAUCGAUGGAAAUAGCGGAGGAUUGUCGAAGGAAUAUGCUGGUGCAGUGGUGUUGUUCAUUUGCACCUACGUUGCAGGGUUUGCAUGGUCAUGGGGGCCAUUGGGAUGGUUGGUUCCAAGUGAAAUCUUUUCUCUUGAAGUUCGAUCAGCUCUUCAAAGUGUGAACGUUUCGGUGAACAUGAUCUUCACUUUCGCAGUAGCUCAAGUCUUCACUGCUAUGCUUUGUCACAUGAAAUUUGGAAUGUUCAUCUUCUUCGCCUUUUUCGUCUUUGUGAUGAGCAUUUUCAUCUACAAAUUCCUCCCCGAGACAAAGGGUGUCCCAAUUGAAGAGAUGGCUCUUGUUUGGCAAAAACAUCCUUUUUGGGGAAAAUAUGUUAGCCAAGAGAAGCCCCAAACCACCUCAACUUAGAUGCAGGCCGGUGAGUAUAGGUUUAGUUUUGGUAAUUCCUUUAU